CGGCGCCGCUCCGCCCCCGCGCCACGCGCUUCCGGGAGGCGGGGACCGGCGGCGCCAUGGCUGAGCGGGGCGCCCGCGCCGAUGGCUUCAGGAAGGAGACCGUGGACCGGCUGCUCCGCCUGCACUUCCGCGACGGGAGGACCCGAGUUAACGGCGACGCGCAGCUGCUGAUGGCGGAGAUGCUGAACGUUUUCGUCCGAGAGGCGGCGGCCCGGGCAGUGCGGCAGGCGAAGGCACAGGAGCUGGAGCAGGUGGACAUCGAGCACCUGGAGAAGGUGCUGCCCCAGCUGCUGCUGGAUUUCUAGCGGCCCCCGGUGUACGUGCAGCUUGCCAGCGGAAGAUCCGGGCCUGACAGUGAACAUCAGGCUCAUCCUCAGAGUCUAGCUCUGGGAAGAACAGUCUCGACUUUUUCUCUCCCUGCUGUUUUGCCUCCCUCUCCUCUCUCCUUUACCAAGCACGACAGAGCACCAGGCAACCGCGCUGUCCGCUGUCGGUUGUGAAAAGAGGCUGCCGCACACUUUUUUCGGCCGGCUGAGCAUGUCAGUGCCUUCUGCCUUGCUGCCUUCCUUCUUUCACAGUAGCCUGCACAUUGCAGCUUGGUGAGAUGCUGUUGCUUUUUUAGCUAAUGUGAGAAAUGGGUGCUUCUUCAGAGAUGCAUGGAAAGAGCUAAUGGGUGGAAACAUCCAAACUUCAGGAUCUCAUCGCCUCAGCAGGCAGCUGUGGCAGAACCUUUAGGUCCAGCUCCAAGCCUGUCUAAUGAAUAGGUUAACAGGAGCUCAGUCACGGGCUCUUGCCAAAGACAGGUAACUGAUCUUUAUUUUAUAAAUAAACAGUGCCUGUCCCUCACUACCUUCCAGUAUUUCUCCAGGGCUGUGACAUCAAAGAAUGCUCAGAACCUUUUAACUAUUUGAUAAUUCUCAGAAGCUGCUUCCCCUCUGCUAUAAAUUUGUUCUCACAAAGAAACAUCAAUAAAUUAAAACAGAGUCUC